CCUCCUUCCCUCGUUCAGCACCAGGGACAGCCCCUCUUUCCUUCUCUCUCUCUCUCUCUCUCUCCGUGGCAGGAGCGGGGCUGUGGGCGGGGGUCUCCUCCCGUCCCUGGGAGCCAUGCCGGGCCCCGCGCCGCCCCCGGCCGCCUUCUUCUCGGCGCUCUACGCCUCCCGCAACCGCUCUUCUCCUCCUCCUUCUCCUCCUUCCUCUUCUUCUUCCUCUUCUUCGUCUUCCUUCGACCUGGAGGGUCUGAUGGGCGCGCUGGCCAACGGGUCCUCUUCGCGCUACGAGGCGGAGUGGCAGAGCUCGUCCGCCAGGGGCGCCCUUCUGGGGGCCUACGCGCUGGUGGGGGCGGUGGCGCUGGUGGGCAACGGGCUGGUCUGCCACGUGCUCGCCGCCCAGAGACCCUCCGCCCCCGGGCUCCUCAUCGCCAACCUCGCCCUCGCAGACAUCACCCUCACCCUCCUCAACGCCCCCGUCACCCUGGUGCGGUUUGUGAGCAGCUCCUGGGUGUUUGGGAAGCUCAUGUGCCACAUCAGCCGCUUUGGCCAGUAUUGCUCCGUCCACGUCUACGUGCUGACCCUGGCCGCCAUCGCCUUGGACCGGCACCAGGUGAUCAUGCACCCGCUGAAGCCCCGGAUGUCCCUGGUGAAGGGCGGGGUCUGCAUCGUCCUCAUCUGGGUCCUGGCCAGCUGCUUCUCCCUGCCCCACGCCAUUUACCAGAAGCUGACGCGCAUCCCGUCCGGGAACCGGACCAGCCGCAUCGUGUGCCUGCCCAGCUUCCCGCGGCCCAUGGACCUGUACUGGAAGUACCUGGACCUGGCCACCUUCGUGCUGCUCUACCUGCUGCCCUUGCUGGUCAUCUCCGCCACGUACGCCACGGUGGCCAAGAAGCUGUGGCAGCGCAACGCCAUCGGGGACGUGACCCUGGAGCAGUACCAGGCCCACCGGCGCAAGAAGAAGAAGACCCUGAAGAUGCUGGUGGUGGUGGUGGCCGUCUUCGCCGUCUGCUGGUUCCCGCUCAACUGCUACCUGGUCCUGCUCUCCAGCAACGCCAUCCGCAGCAACAACGGCCUCUACUUCGCCUGCCACUGGUUCGCCAUGAGCAGCACCUGCUACAACCCCUUCAUCUACUGCUGGCUCAACGACAGCUUCCGCUCCGAGCUCAAGGCCCUGCUGGGGGUCUGCGGGAGGAGGGGCCCCGGGCGGAGCCACGCCCCCCGCGCCCCCCAGGCUUCCUCCCGCCAGGCCUGGGCGGGGGAGGGGGGGUGCCCCCGCCGGACGGACCCCCCCUCCGCCCACCCGGGCCCCGCCUCCCAGGGACACUCCGCCCGGACCGACAUCUCCGUCGUCCAGCCCAUCAUCCCGGGCAGCUGAGAGCCACACGCUUGCACACGUGCAACAUCCACAUCGUGCAAACUCAACCCAAAACAGAGGUUUGCCCUAAAUUGGAGUUGGCUUGGAGGCCCAUGGUGACACGCAUACACACAUCUCAUACACAUGCUUUACUAUUGCACACAUUCAACAUCCAGCUCAUGCAAACUAAACCCAAAACAGAGGUUCACCAUAAGUUGGAGUUGGCUUGGAGGCCCAUGUGACAUCUCACCAGCUUUGGGCUCCUUGGUGGUCAACUCCUCUACCAUUCUGAUGGCUGGAUGUGCCAUCGUAACAUUAACACUGAGGCAAAUGCUUUACUAUUGCACACGUUCAACAUCCGGCUCAUGCAAACUAAACCCACAAACAGAGGUUCGCCAUAAGUUGGAGUUGGCUUGGAAGCCCAUGUGACAUCUCACCAGCUUUGGGCUCCUUGGUGGCCAACCCCUCUAUCAUUCUGAUGGCUGGAUGUGCCAUCAUAUCAUUAACACUGAGGCAAAUGCUUUACUAUUGCACACAUUCAACAUCCAGCUCAUGCAAACUGAACCCCAAAAUAGGAUCGUCAUAAGUUGGAGUUGGCUUGGAGGCCCAUGCGAUAUCUCACCAGCUUUUGGCUCCUUGGUGGUCAACCCCUCUAUCUUUUUAAUGGCUGGAUGUGUUAUUGUAUCAUUAACACUGAGGUAAAUGCUUUACUAUUGCACACAUUCAACAUCCAGCUCAUGCAAACUGAACCCACAAACAGAGGUUCAUCCAUAUGUUGGAGUUGGGCUUGAAGGCCCAUGGUGACAUGAAUAUACACAUCUCACAAGCUUUGGGCUCCUUGGUGGUUGACCCCUCUACCAUUCUGAUUUCUGGAUGUGUCAUUGCAUCAAAACACACUGUACGGUUGCACCCGUUCAACGUUCAGUUUGUGCAAACUGAACCCACAAAAAGAGGGUCACCAUCAAUUGGAGUUGGCUUGAAGGCCCAUGGCGACACGCAUACAAACAUCUCACCAGCUUUGGGCUCCUUGGUAGUCGAUCCCUCUAUCUUUUUAAUGGCUGGAUGUGUUAUUGUAUCAUUAACACUGAGAUAAAUGCUUUACUAUUGCACAUGUUCAACAUCUGGGUCAUGCAAACUAAACCCAAAACAGAGGUUUGCCAUAAGUUGGAGUUGGCUUCAAGACCCAUGACUACCAAGAAGCGUUGGGCUUCUUGGUGGUCAACCCCUCUAUCUUUUUAAUGGCUGGAUGUGUUAUUGCAUCAUUAACACUGAGGCAAACACUACAAUUACACCCAUUCAACUUCUAGUCCAUGCAAACUGAACCCACAAAAAGAGGGUCACCAUCAGUUGGAGUUGGCUUGAAGGCCCAUGGUGACAUUCAUACAAACAUCUCACCAGCUUUGGGCUCCUUGGUAGUCUAUCUUUUUAAUGGCUGGAUGUGUUAUUAUAUCAUUAACACUGAGGCAAAUGCUUUACUAUUGCACAUGUUCAACAUCCAGGUCAUGCAAACUAAACCCAAAACAGAGGUUUGCCAUAAGUUGGAAUUGGCUUCAAGACCCAUGACUACCAAGAAGCUUUGGGCUUCUUGCUGGUCAAUCCCUCUAUCUUUUUAAUGGCUGGAUGUGUUAUUGCAUCAUUAACACAGAGGCAAACACUGUACAAUUGAACCCAUUCAAUGUCUAGUUCAUGCAAACUGAACCCACAAAAAGUGGGUCACCAUAAGUUGGAGUUGGCUUGAAGGCCCAUGGCGAUAUUUAUACAAACAUCUCACCAGCGUUGGGCUCCAUGGUGGUUGACUCCUCUACAUUUCCAUCCCAAAGAGCCACAAUGCAGCUCCCGUGGCUGCUAUUCUGAUGGCUGGAUGUGCCAUUGUAUUAUUAACACUGAGGCA